ACGAGUCUGAGAAUCCUGCCGCGGUGGGGCCGAGGGACUGCGGUCUACAUUCCAGAGCCCGUGCUGGCGGCCCCCGGGACCCCGGCGGGUCCCUGGUCGACGCACGGCACCCACACACUGGGACCAGGCAAAUGGCGGAGACCUCAGUGAUCUUGCUAAGACGGGCGCAAGUCCGAUCAAGAUAUUAUGGGAGAUUGACGCCUGUGAGGCCAUCACGAAACCUCGCCAAAUUAAGACCUGGCCAAGCACCCGGCGCCGUGCGGAGACGGCGAACACUGGGAGAUUAUGACGCAGUCGGGCGGGCCAAGGUGCGGUUUUGUUUGGAAUUAGUUUCGGCCACCGAGCGUCGCAGGUUCGCGGUCGGGUGAGCGUUUGUGUGCUGUCCGGUCCGUUUGGGAGCUGCCGGGUGUCGCUGCCCCCCCCCCCCCGCUGAGUGGGGAGGGUCGAGCGGUGGAGGGCGAGCCCUCGCCGGCCGCCGGGCGAGCCAGCAGCGGCCGCAGAUGCAGACACGAGCGGAGCGCUAGGCGGCGAGCUGCCCGGCGCGCUGCCCAUGGACCCGCUGUCGGUGCCGGCGCCGCCGCCGCCGUUCGACAUGGCGGCCGUGGCCUCGUCGUUACCGUCGCUGCCCGGACACCCGGGCCUUGUGCGGGCGCGCGCGGACACGAGCACCGGUGGCCCCGGGGGCAGGAUGUCCCCCUCCGUGUACAACCACAAGGAGGUGCUGAGCGGGGGCUGGGCCGGCCGGAUGUCCCCCUCCGUCUACAACCAUAAGCUGUUGGCGGUCUCUCAGGGCCGCUCCUCCCCGGCCUAUCACGACCUGGGCUACCACACGCUGGUAGCGCGGUCAGCAGCCGCCUCUCCGUGGGCCGAGCUCGGCUACCCGGGCGGCGCGCCGGCCAACUCCGCUCGGUGUCCCCGCGACUCGCCGCGCCCCCAGCUGCCCGAGCCGCCCUCCAGUGCCGAGCUCAUCAUGGCCUUCAAGGGCAAGCGGGCGCACAAGUCGGCGCCGUUCGACCGUGUCUCGGACGAGCUGAUCCUGCACAUCUUCUCGUACCUGUCCACCAACGAACUGUGCUACUGCGCGCGCGUCUGCCGGCGCUGGUACUUCCUCGUCUGGGAGCCGCAGCUGUGGACCAGCAUCACGCUGACGGGCGAGACGACCGGCGCCGACCGGGCGCUCCGGCAGAUCGUCAAGCUGCUCUGCCGCGACAACCCGGGCACGCUGUGUCACACUGUGGAGCGCGUGGAGCUGAACGGGUGCGCGCGACUGACAGACCGCGGCCUGUCGCUGCUGGCGCGCCGCUGUCCCGAGCUGCGCCACCUGGAGCUGCGCGGCUGCAGCCAGGUCGGCGAUCAGGCCGUCAUGGACAUCGUCAGCCACUGCCCGAACCUGCAGCACCUCGACCUGACCGGGUGCCACCGUGUGCGCUGCCUGGACCUGAGCCAGGCGGGCGCCGACCACCGUCUGAACCUGCAGUACCUGGACCUGACGGACUGUCAUAACCUGACCGACGACAGUCUGCGGGUGAUAGCGCGCCACUGCCCGCAGCUGCAGCACCUCUACAUGCGCCGCUGCGAGCAGCUCACUGACGCCGGUAUCCGGCACGUGCCCAGUCUGUGUCCCGGUCUGCGCGAAUUCUCCAUCUCCGACUGCAGCCGCGUCACCGACUUCAGUCUCCGUGAGCUGGCGCGGCUCGGGCCCACACUGCGCUACCUCAGCGUGGCCAAGUGCAACCGGGUCUCGGACGCCGGCGUGGCUCAGGUGGCACGCAGCUGCUACAAGCUGCGCUACCUGAACGUGCGCGGCUGCGAGGCCGUCUCGGACGCCGCCCUCGAGCUGGUGGCCCGCUGCUGCCAGCGGCUGCGCGCGCUCGACAUCGGCAAGUGCGACGUCACCGACCACGGCCUGAAGGUGUUGGCGCAGCACUGCCCCAACCUGAAGAAGCUGAGCGUGAAGAGCUGUGAGAUGAUCAGCGACGCGGGCGUCAAGUACGUGGCCUACUACUGCCGCGGCCUGCAGCAGCUCAACAUCCAGGACUCGCCGGUCACUCUGGAGGGCUACCGCACCGUGAAAAAGUACUGCAAACGCUGCAUCAUCGAGCACACAAACCCGGGCUUCUUCUAAGGGGCCGGGGCGGCUGGGGUGGCCGGCUCCGAUCACUUCUGAGAAGUGAGCGGAGGCUUCGUCUGCCGCCGCGAUCCGCGGCGCUGUGAUAUUAUUUAUUGUGCCACGACCGCAACACAGCGAACGAACGGGAUUAAUUUGUUUUUGUUGUCAGUGUUAUUCGUAUUUUAGUGCUGAAUGCUUUUGUGUAAAUGGAUCAGUGUGAAAUUUGUUAUUGCUUUGUCGCAUGUGGUGUUCAUUUGAAAUAUACCAGCAAUUGACGUA